AUGAAAUUUUCAGUUUCUUCUUUUGUUUUCAAAUCUUUAACAUCGACUCUUGCUCGUAACUCAAUUCGUAAAAUGUCUUCGUACGGAUCUUCUGCUGGUUCCAGAAUCGCUGGCAAGACUGUUCUUAUUACCGGUGCUUCUGCUGGUAUCGGCGAGGCCACUGCUUAUGAGCUGGCUGAAGCUUCUGGUGGUGAUAUCCGUCUGAUCUUGUCUGCUCGUAGAGUUGAAAAUUUGAGCAAGAUCAGUAAGGAUUUGGAAGCUAAGUACCCCAAGGUUAAGGUUCUUCCUUUGGCUCUCGAUGUUUCUAAAUACAAGGAAAUCCCCCAAUGGGUCAAAGACAUUCCCCAAGAAUGGUCCAAUGUUGAUGUUCUCAUCAACAAUGCGUAA